CAGCCCGCGCCGCCCGCAGCGGCCCUGAGCCCGGCGCGCCGCCCGGCCCUCGGAGCCCGCCCGCCGCGCGGGACCAGGCGCAGGAGCCUCCGGGGCUGCGAGGCCGCCGCCGGGAGCGGGAGCGGAGCGCGGCCGCCGCCGCCGGCCCGUGCGCCCCGGGAGCGCCGCGCCGCCCUGCCCGCGGCUCCGGGCGUCCGCGGGGCGGCGCCGCGGAACAUGACGGCGCCCUGGGCGGCCCUCGCCCUCCUCUGGGGAUCGCUGUGCGCGGGCUCCGGGCGCAGCGAGGCGGAGACACGGGAGUGCGUGUACUACAACGCCAACUGGGAGCUGGAGCGCACCAACCAGAGCGGCCGGGAGCGCUGCGAGGGCGAGCAGGACAAGCGGCUGCACUGCUACGCCUCCUGGCGCAACAGCUCGGGCACCAUCGAGCUCGUCAAGAAGGGCUGCUGGCUGGACGACUUCAACUGCUACGACAGGCAGGAGUGUGUGGCCACCGAGGAGAACCCGCAGGUGUACUUCUGCUGCUGCGAAGGCAACUUCUGCAACGAGCGCUUCACCCACCUGCCGGAGGCGGGCGGCCCGGAAGUCACGUACGAGCCACCCCCGACAGCCCCCGCCCUGCUCACGGUGCUGGCCUACUCGCUGCUGCCCAUCGGGGGCCUCUCCCUCAUCGUCCUGCUGGCCUUCUGGAUGUACCGGCAUCGCAAGGCCCCCUACGGCCACGUGGACAUCCACGAGGUGAGGCGCGGGCUCCGGGCAGGGCAGGGCAGGGCAGGGCAGAGGUGGCGAGGCCAGGACAGACUCUUUACGGCCCCGAUCUCCCCACAGGACCCUGGGCCUCCCCCUCCAUCCCCUCUGGUGGGCCUCAAGCCGCUGCAGCUGCUGGAGAUCAAGGCCCGGGGGCGCUUCGGCUGUGUGUGGAAGGCGCAGCUCAUGAACGACUUUGUGGCGGUCAAGAUCUUCCCCCUCCAGGACAAGCAGUCGUGGCAGAGCGAGCGGGAGAUCUUCAGCACGCCCGGCAUGAAGCACGAGAACCUGCUGCAGUUCAUCGCCGCCGAGAAGCGCGGCUCCAACCUGGAGGUGGAGCUGUGGCUCAUCACGGCCUUCCACGACAAGGGCUCCCUCACGGAUUACCUCAAGGGGAACAUCAUCACGUGGAACGAGCUGUGUCACGUGGCAGAGACCAUGUCCAGAGGCCUGUCGUACCUGCACGAGGACGUGCCCUGGUGCCGUGGUGAGGGCCACAAGCCGUCCAUCGCCCACAGGGACUUCAAGAGCAAGAACGUCCUGCUGAAGAGCGACCUCACGGCCGUGCUGGCGGACUUCGGCCUGGCCGUUCGGUUUGAGCCGGGGAAACCGCCCGGGGACACCCACGGGCAGGUGGGCACACGGCGGUACAUGGCCCCGGAGGUGCUCGAGGGGGCCAUCAACUUCCAGAGGGACGCCUUCCUGCGCAUCGACAUGUACGCCAUGGGGCUGGUGCUGUGGGAGCUCGUGUCCCGCUGCAAGGCUGCCGAUGGACCAGUGGACGAGUACAUGCUGCCCUUUGAGGAGGAGAUCGGCCAGCACCCCUCGCUGGAGGAGCUGCAGGAGGUGGUCGUGCACAAGAAGAUGCGGCCGGCCAUCAAGGAUCACUGGCUGAAGCAUCCGGGCCUGGCCCAGCUCUGCGUGACCAUCGAGGAGUGCUGGGACCACGACGCCGAGGCCCGCCUGUCCGCGGGCUGCGUGGAGGAGCGGGUGUCCCUGAUCCGGAGGUCAGUCAAUGGCACUACCUCGGACUGCCUGGUCUCCCUGGUGACCUCCGUCACCAACGUGGACCUGCCCCCUAAGGAGUCGAGCAUCUGAGCCCAGGACACGCGGGUGGCUCUCGGGACUCCCUGGAUCUGAAGAGGAAAGGAGGAGGAGAAAAAAAAGGAAGUGUUUUCUUUUGGAAGUCCCACAUCACCAACGAACUCACACAACGCAGCUGCUAUUUUACCUUGACCUUUUAUUAUUAUUAUAAUUAUUAUAAUUAUUAUUUUUAAUGUUAUUUUUGGGAUCGGAUCAGCUCUACCAGCACAUGGCUCUACUGUAUCGCCGCCGAGGCGCUGAGCGGUGAGCGCCGGGCCGGCGCCUCCCGUCCUCGGUGCGUGUCUCUCUCCCGCCUCCUCUCGGUUCCCGUCUCCGAACCCGGGACACGAAGAAGCCCCCCUCCCGGGAGUCUUAGGACACUUAAUGCUGCAAACUCUUUGGAGAGGAACCUUUGAAGACUGUUACAUCAGAACACACCUUCCUCCAGAGGAGUCCCUCUUUUUCUCCCUCCUCUUCCCCUCCGUCCCUCUUAGGGUGUUUUUGCUCCCUGUUUAGACAGCGAGGUUAAGAAACAGCAGCCGUGUCUCUCACGGAUUCACGGGUGUCUCCUGGCCGAGGCCAGCCGGGAGGAGGAGGCUGGGCGCGGGGCGGUCUGGACCCAGCCGCGGUGGACGCGGGCACAUGGGAGAGCACCCUUCGCCGUGAGGCUACUUCUCAGGUAACCGGGAGCCGAGGGCAGGGCCGGGGCGGAGGCGGGAGCGGGGUUUGGAGGAAGCCCGGAGGCCCUGGCCAGGCUCUCCCCUCUCCCGCCCUGGGGCGUGGGCCUCAGACUGAACGCUUCCUUCUGCUCCGCGUUCUCGUUAGGUUAGGGCGGGAGUCACAGCCGAGUGAGUACGUUCUUUGGUUCUUUCUGAGACCUGAUGCUGUCCGUGUCCUUAGGGGGGGGGAACUCGGGGUAUUUGCCUCCUCGGGGAGUAUUCAGGGAUGCGCCUGCAGGGGGCGCCCCGCAGCCAGGCAAGAGGGUCCGGGUGGCUCCGCCCGCGUGGCAACACCCCUGUUCCCGCUGUGAGGCUCUCGGGUGUGCUCUCUCCAGGCCCUUCCAGUGGUGCAUAUCCUAAAACCGUCCUCUGUCUCACCGUCACCUUGCUCUAGUCCGUGGAUGUUCCUAAUGCUGCUGUUUCAACAUUUGACUUUUUUUUUUUUUUUAAUUUAUGAAACAUGCAAAAUUAAAAAGCAAACAUGAAACACAUCCACACACACACACACACACUUUGCUAUGUGGCUUCCGAGGUUUAAAUUUUGAAAAAGAAAACUUCGCGACCACAGACCACCUCAAACCAGAAAUACCUCAGAACUUUCUACUCGUGUACUACGUUUUAUUAUCUAUUUUAUUAGUUGUGUUGUCUUGUAACGAGUGUAUUUCAAUGUGAGUUGGCUUUUACGACCAGGAAGUUUAAAAGAAAUAGAGAAAAAG